CGCAGUCAGAAGACGUCACGAAAGUGCUCCGCAAACCAAACCAAUCACUGAGCAAGGCUACUGUGUACCAGACGUCAACGGUAUGUAGACAUGUCGAAUGAUAAACUUUCCCACUGGAAGGAUCUCUUAAGAAAAAGGCUAGCCAAUUCAAAGAAAGAUGAAAGGACUGAGGAGGAGAAAAAGGCAGAAGAAACAGAGCUGUUUUCUAAGUACUACACCGAAUGGAAAGGAGGAGGGGAACGAAGCAGUUCUUAUAAGACUAUACCGCGCUUUUACUACAGGCUUCCUGCUGAAGAUGAAGUACUGUUGCAAAAAUUAAGAGAGGAGUCCAGAGCAGUCUUUCUACAGAGGAAGAGUCGGGAACUGCUGGAUAAUGAAGAGUUACAGAACCUAUGGUUUCUAUUGGACAAACACCAGGUGCCACCAGCAACAGGAGAUGAGGCUAUGAUCACCUAUGAGAGCUUUCUUAAAGUUGGAGAGCAGGCCGGAGUCAAGUGCAAACAAUUCUUCACUGCUAGAGUGUAUGCUAAACUCCUUCAUAAUGAUCCAUAUGGAAGGAUAUCAAUUAUGCAGUUUUUUAACUACGUCAUGAGAAAAGUUUGGUUGCAUCAGACAAGGAUUGGGUUAAGCCUGUAUGACGUGGCUGGGCAGGGCUACUUGCGAGAGUCUGACCUGGAGAACUACAUCCUGGAGUUGAUCCCCACUCUGCCCCAACUGGAUGGUCUGGAGAAGUCCUUCUACUCCUUUUAUGUCUGCACGGCUGUCCGAAAGUUCUUUUUCUUUCUCGACCCACUGCGCACUGGUAAAAUAAAGAUACAGGAUAUCCUGGCUUGUAGCUUCCUGGAUGACCUUCUCGAGCUGAGGGAUGAGGAGUUGUCCAAGGAAAGUCAGGAGGCUAACUGGUUUUCUGCACCAUCUGCCCUCAGAGUAUAUGGUCAGUAUCUGAACCUCGAUAAAGACCACAAUGGCAUGCUGAGCAAAGAAGAACUCUCUCGCUAUGGAACAGGUACACUAACGAGUGUCUUCCUUGACCGCGUGUAUCAAGAAUGCCUGACCUACGAUGGGGAGAUGGACUAUAAAACGUACCUGGACUUUGUAUUGGCUCUGGAGAACCGGAAAGAACCUGCAGCACUGCAGUACAUUUUUAAGUUGCUGGACAUGGACAACAAAGGCUACCUCAAUGUGUUUGCGCUCAACUACUUUUUCAGAGCUAUUCAAGAACAGAUGAAAAUACAUGGACAAGAGCCGGUGACCUUCCAGGAUGUCAAGGAUGAGAUAUUUGACAUGGUGAAACCCAAGGAUCCAUACAAGAUUACACUUCAGGACCUGGUAAACAGUGGGCAGGGUGAUACUGUAACUAGCAUUCUCAUCGACCUCAACGGAUUUUGGACUUAUGAGAACAGGGAGGUUUUGGUGGCCAACGAUGGAGAAAGUAACAACGUGGAUAUUGAUGACACUUGACCCCUAAGCAUUCAAACAAGACAAAUAAAAUGGACAUUGUCUAAUUUCUAAUAUA